UGUUCACUGCAGGAAGCUCAUUCGGCGCCACGUCUCUGCCUUCACCAACACACCUGGAUGCCCCUCAGUGCUGCGCUGGCCAGCCUGCCAGGCCCGAGAGGAUGGAGACCCUGCGAAGGAGCCUUUCCCGCUGGAAGAGGUACCACAUCAAGGUGCACCUGGCCGAUGAGGACCUGCUGAUGCCCCUCACUGUCAAGCCCACAGACAAGGUGAUGGACCUGCGGGCUCACCUGGUGCGAGAGGGCAUCACAUCCUGGAAGAAGACUUUUUACUACAACGCCAGGCAGCUUGGGGAGGAGGAGACUGUCAAGGAGGCCAAAAUCCAGAAUGGCUCCGUCCUGCUUCUCGUCAGCCACAAGAGUGAGAACACCGAGGGCCUGCUUACGUUAGGGAAAUGGGUGCGACUACGUAGAGCGUAUCGCUUGGCUAGCCCUGCUUCUGAGUGUGUUCACCCUCACAGCACCACCAAGCUGGGGAAGUUUGUGAGAUGUACGGUGGACAUGGACCGAGUUUCCAGUGAAACUAGUGGUCCUUCCAAUCAACCUGAGCUGAGCUUUGCCAGCAUCGUCACCCCUGUUAAACAGAUGGAGCAACCCGAGGCGUGCAAAGCUUAA